AUGGCGGCCGUGGUGGAGGGCAAGUCCGGGGAAGGGAAGGUGUGGGGGUUGUGCAAGAUGUCCUUCUGGCACAAGACUACCGGCGGCAGCGGCGGGACGUCCUCGGCUUCCUCGACGCAGACGCUGACGCAUCACACGUCGAGCCAAUCCGGCGGCGGAGGAGGGGGCUACGCGGGGGAGGGGCUGAAUGGGGAACAGCAGCGGCGGCGAGAGCAGCGGCAGAAGAACUCGGGGAUGUCGUCGGUGGCGAAGUCGCUUCUUCCUGCCCGGCGAAGGCUCCGUCUCGACCCGGCCAGCAAGCUCUAUUUCCCUUGUGAGUCGCUCCAUCCUUUUCAGACCUCCCCCCUCUGAAUCUGGGUCUUCGAAGAAUCUGCAUACUCAUUUGGCUUUUCGGUCGCUCUUCCCCAAGUGUUAGUAGCUCUUCUUUCUAUUUUCAGCCCCCCCCCUCUGAAUCCGGGGCCUCGAAGAGUUGGCACACUCAUUUGACUUUUGGGUUGCUCUUCCCCAAAUGUUGGUCUUACAUACUCGUUUGACUUUUGGGUUGCUCUUCCCGAAAUCUGGGUAGGGCCUCAUCUAAACAAUUAAGUUCUUAUGUUCUUACUGAUGCCCUGAAUCCCGUCAUAUUUCCUUGCGAUGACGAGAUCAUGCUCUCUUGCCCACCACCACCACCGCCACCAUCAUCAUCGUCGUCGUCGUCGUCGAUUAACGAUUGCUCUGAGCAGAUCUGCUUCCAACCCCCCAUAUAAUCAACUUUUUCUCGCUCAAAUGUGCUUAUUUAGAUGACUACGGCGGAAAUUUUUCCUAUAUUGGGAGGCAUUUCUCUUGGUCAUCCAUGGGUUUUUCAGGCAUCUCCUGUUCCUCGCAGAUGAACCUGGAAAGCAGGUCAGAAGCGCGAUCAGGAUCAGAAACGGGACCAAAUCUCACGUCGGAUUCAAGGUUGGUCAUCUUGUGAUUUUCUUCACUCGAAUUGAUCGCCAUUAUUUCUUUCUCAUUAGAGUAGCUGACUUUAUGGCGGGGGCGCCCUUUAUCUGGGUUGUGGGUUCAAAGUUCGUACUUUUAUGCUGAUGUCUCUGAAUAUCCUCUGGGUAUUCAUUCAGACUCACAUAAUUUUAUGCCUAUCCGUGAUUUUGUGGCUUUUACGGAACUCCAUCGCUCUUUCAACCUAACCUAAUCUGGGUUUCACCAUGUUCUUGCUUAUAGUAUGAUUAGGCCAUCAUUAUCUCCAUAAAUAUCUUCUUGAUCAUCAUCAUCAUCAUCAUUAUCAUCAUCAGAGCUGAUCUAUCAGUCUCCCCUCACCCUCUGAAUCUAACCUAAUUUGGGUUUCACCAUGUUCUAACUUGGAGUAUGAUUAGCCCAACAUCGACAUCAGAACUGAUCCAUCGGUCUCCCCUCACCACCCUCUAAAUCUAACCUAAUCUGGGUUUUCACCAUGUUCUAGCUCGGAAGAUGAUUAGCCCAUCAUCAGUAUCAGAGCUGAUUCCUUUGGUCUCCCCUUGCCUUCUAAGCCUAAUCUAAUCUGGGUUUCACCAUGUUCUAGCUUGUAGCAGGAUUGCCCCCAUCGCCAACAAUAUCUUGAUCAUCAUCAUCAUCAUCAUCAUCAUCAUCAUUUCUGAUCAUCGGACCUGAUCCAAUCCCUACCCUUUUUUCUUUCUCUGGUUAUUGUUGAAGUUCCAAACAACUGCUCCGAAGAGCUGCUUCAUGCGGCCGCCUGGGGCGAUCCUUGCCCCCGGCGAAAGCCUCAUAGCCACAGGUAUUAUAUUGCCACUCCAGUGGCUAAAAUAGAUGAGAUUCAUUCAUUGCGAUUGAUUCACUGCUUGACUUUUGGGACCCAAGUCUUCAAGUUCGUGGAGCAUCCAGAGAACAACGAGAGCUCGCAGGACCAGAAGAGCAGAGUCAAGUUCAAGAUCCUGAGCCUGAAGGUGCCGGGCCCCAUGGAUUACGUCCCCGAGCUGGUGGGGUCCCCAUCUCCUUCUCUCUCUUCUUGUCUGAUUUCUGAUCCUUUGCUCAAUUGGGUAAUCUGGGGUUUUCCACAUUCUCCCCUCUGCAGUUUGAAGAGCAGAAGGAGCAGGUGUCGGUGGAGCAGAUCCUCCGAGUCGUGUUCUUGGACCCCGACCGGCCCUGUCCUGUGAGGAGCCGCUGACCUUUUUGCUACCGAUUCCCACAGUCAACGCCGGUUGCCAAUGAUUCUGAUGGUUUUUUUUGCCUGGUUGACUGAAUUGGAAGCAAAUGGAGAAGCUGAAGCGGCAGCUGGCGGAGGCGGAUGUGGCGGCGGAGGCCCGGAAGAAGCCCCCCGAAGACAAUGCCGGCCCGAAGAUCGUCGGCGAGGGGCUGGUCAUUGACGAAUGGGUAAACCACUCACCAUAGUUGACCAAUUUCAUCAAUCUCUCUUCCACAGUCAUACCCAUUUGUUUGGUCAAUCUGUUGACCUGGCUGCUGAAUUGCAGAAGGAGCGGAGAGAAAGAUACCUCGCUCGUCAGCAGGGUGAAGCUGCUGACUCUGUGUAA